AUGACGCCACCGGAGCAGCGACUACCAGGCUCACCACUCUUUGUGGUGCCGCCGACCGCAGGCCACACCCAUACUAUUCUGCUCCUUCACGGGCUCGGCUCUACGGGCGAACGCUUUGGUAGAGAGCUUCUUGACACAGCUGACCCUGCGUACCUGCCGGACCGGCAGCUGCAGGGCCUCGCCGAGUCGGCUUCUGAGAUUUUGGCCGUGAUCCGGGACGAGCUCAGCCGGGUGCCGCCCGACAACCUCAUUCUGGGUGGCCUCAGCCAAGGCUGCGCCAUGGCGCUGGCAGUCCUGCUCUGCCUGGAGCAUCCCGUCGGUGGAUUCAUCGGUAUGAGCGGCUUUCUCACCUACGAGUCUGGUCUCCGCAUGGUGCUUGCCGAGGACGAUUAUGGCGAUGGUUUUGAUCCAUUCUUCGACGCGGAAAGGCCGGCAAGAGAGCAGCCGGUCCGCGCGCAAGAGUAUGGGCGGGAGCUGCUAUGCCUGGACCCGGUAGAUGGUCCUUCGUUGCAAAGAACUGCAUGCCGUACGCCGGUUCUUCUUGGACACGGCGCCGAGGAUGAAAAGGUCCCGAUUCGGUUGGGGGAGGCGGCGGCAGAAGUCAUGCGCGCCGCGGGCUACUGCGUCGACUGGAAACGCUACGAAAACCAGGGCCACUGGUACAAGAUUCCUGAUCAAAUCGACGAUAUCGUCAACUUUAUUUCGCGAAUAGGGUGGAAUAUGAAAGCAAAGGACGACGAUAUGUGA